AUGGCCGACGCUCAAUCUAUCGCUCAACAAAACCCCGGUCUCGAUACCAAACACGAUUCUGCAGGUGCUAAACACCCAGCUACCGGUGGAUCAGGUAACCCCCAAACUGGUGAACCAUUCGAACACGCCAAACCUGACGCUCAUCAACGACUCGAUAGGAAAGACGAACGAUCUCACCCUAAUGCUCUCGAGGAUGCUCAGCGAGUAGAGAAAUUGGAGAAGGAAGCUGAAAAGGAGCAUGAAGAUGCUCUUAGACAUCCUACUGCCGCUGCCAAGGCACACGGUAACAAGCCCUCUGCGGGGGCUGUGAAGGAUGAGAAGAUCUUGGAUGAGGAAGAGGAAGAAUUGAGAAAGAAGGAUGAAGCUAAGAAGCAAUCUGCUGAAGCUCACAAAUCAAAGCAUCACUAG